UCUGGAAAAGGAAUUCUACGAGAACUUGCUAGGUCUUCAAUACCAAUGGCGGUUUGCCUGGUACAUCGGUUUUGUUCCAUUACUGUUUGAUCUUCGAUGUUUGAAUUGCAUAUUUUUCGAAGUAGAUAGCCAAGUGGCAUUCUGCUGUAUUGAAGACGGACUAAUUUAAGGGAUGAAUGAAGAUAGCAACGUAUAAUGUGAACGGGCUGAGGCCUCGAAUUUCUCAGUAUGGCUCCCUCCGUAAACUCCUGGAUUCUCUCGAUUCCGACAUCAUUUGCUUUCAGGAAACGAAAUUGUCGAGACAAGAACUGAGAGCCGACGCUGUUUCGGCAGAUGGGUACGAGUCCUUUUUUUCGUGCACACGUUCUCUUGAAAAAGGUCGCACUGGUUAUUCCGGUGUUGCAACAUUUUGCAAAGUACAAUCUGCCUUUUCAAGCAAUGAGGUUGCACUGCCACUUGAUGCGGAGGAGGGGUUCACUGGUGUUCUAGAGAACUCCCGAGGAUUUGCAAAUAGAAAACAUGAUUGUGUGGCAGGUGUGGAAGGGCUUGAAGGAAUUGACAGAGACGAGCUUCUUAAAAUUGAUAGUGAGGGGCGUUGUAUUAUCACCGACCAUGGUCAUUUUGUUCUUUUCAACAUUUAUGGGCCUCGAGCUGCAUGCGAUGAUGCAGAACGGAUUGAAUUCAAGCUCUUAUUCUACAAGAUACUGCAGAAACGAUGGGAGUCUCUCAUGCUUAAAGGAAGGAGGGUGAUCGUUGUUGGUGAUUUUAACAUUGCUCCUUCUUCUAUAGAUAGGUGUGAUGCAGGACCAGAUUUUGAGAACAAUGAGAACUUUAAUGUUCAAGUUAAAUUAUUGAAUAUUAUUAGGUUUAGAAGCUGGUUUAGAUCCUUACUGGUGGAAAAUGGAGGCUUGUUCAAUGAUGUGUUCAGAGCAAAACAUCCUGAAAGAACAGAGGCCUAUACUUGCUGGUCCACGAGCACAGGUGGUGAAGUGUUCAAUUUUGGUUCAAGGAUUGACCAUAUUAUAAGUGCUGGCUCAUGCUUACAUGAAAAUAAAGAUCUGGAUGGUCACAACUUUUUUUCUUGCCAUGUUAAAGAGUGUGACAUAUUAACACAAUUCAAGCGGUGGAAACCUGGGACCACGCCAAGCUACAGAUGGAAAGGAGGGAGAAGCAUGAAAUUGGAAGGUUCAGAUCAUGCCCCAGUCUUUAUGAGUUUGAGAGAGAUUCCUGAUAUUCCACAGCAUAAUACUCCCUCUUUAUCCACUAGAUACUGUCCUCAAGUUCGAGGAUGUCAACAGACUCUUGUCUCAAUGUUAUCAAGAAGGCAAUCAACAGAGGAAUUUAAAGCCCAUGAACAGUCCGGUACUUCCCUUGAUGAAGAAAUUAGAGUACGGGGCUGCGAGCAGCUUGCUAAGAGGCCAAUUCUUGACUGUAAUGAAACUGGGUUAGUCUUGGAUGAAUUUCUUACUGCUUCGAGCUUUGUACAAGCAGAUGAUGUAUUAGGAAAAGACAAGUGCUCCCAGGGUUCCUCCAGUGUUUUUGGUGGCAAGAAGAUGCUUAAUUUGGGAAGUAAUCACAUGAAACCAGCAAAAUGUACAGAAAUGAAGAAAAAAUCGAAAAAAAAUCAAUUGUCGCAGCUCUCACUUAGAUCCUUUUUUCACAGUAGUUCAACAGCCAACAAUGAUGUUAAGAGCAGCAGCGCUGAUCUCCCAUUUGAACAUGCAAGUAAUUCUGUUGAGGGAUACGGAACUGAAAUUCUGAAGGAGUCUGAAUUCAAUAAUAUUGAUCCUGAUCAGUCUCAAUGUGAAUCAGAUGCCUGUAAUUCUUCACAAACUGAUAAGAGUAAGAUUGCUCUACUAGAGUGGCAAAGGAUUCAACAAUUCAUGCAGAAUAGCAUACCUGUCUGCAAGGGCCAUGGUGAACAAUGCGUUUCUCGUGUUGUGAAGAAAGCGGGACCCACUUUUGGUCGCCGUUUUUAUGUUUGUGCUCGUGCAGAGGGACCCGCCUCAAAUCCUGAAGCAAAUUGUGGUUUCUUUAAGUGGGCUGAUUCAAGAUCUAAGCACAAACAGGGCAAAUGGAUGAAUGGCUCUCCAUUUGCAAUGCUCAGUUCUUGACCAGAGGGCAUGGAACAAGAUUAUCAAGAAACAAGUUGUGGAAGGGAACACCAAAGAGGCUUUUCUUACAUACCGAUGCAUGCAAG